GAUGAAGCCAUUUGCAGAUAACAACAAUGAAGGCUGAUCGUUACCACAAGGCGAAAACUGGACAACCGACACAGAAGCCAGUUUCAGCCACUUAUGUUUUACAAGUUUUACAAAAUUAUGAUUUCUCAAUAAAUUAAUAGAACAAAUUUAAAGGUAUAUGAGAUAACGUGUAGACAGUUUGAAUAAUUACAAACACAAUAUGGAGCAUUCAUCUGCUCCGCCCAGCUCACGAGGAUCAUCAAGCUCAAGAAGCACCAGGACAGACAGUGGCAAAACAGGGGGCAGGAAAAGCACAAAUACAGAGAGUGGCAAAUCUGGGAGCAGGAAAACAACCGCCACAAAGACGAUCCCGGUUGAAUGUACCACAGAAACAGCGGUUGAUCAAUUCGAAUUGGAAACACAAAGACAAGUAAAAAAGCGGGAACUGAAAACGAAACAGUAUGAUUAUUAUAUAAAAUCAGUCUAUGGAUCACCAGCUGAGAAAGAGGAAGUCAGGAAAGAGCAAAGAGAAGGUCUUCUCACACAAAUAAAAAAUAAAGAAGAAAACCAGAAGACUGUUUUGAAGACAAAAGUUAAAGAGAGUGAAACAGCAGUGGCAUAUGACAAGCAAUGCCUGGAUUCAGACAAGCAAGAUCAACAAAAGCGAAAACAAUAUCUAAAGCAGUUUCGGGAUGGCAAUAAGCAGUUGAUAGAGCAAAGAGCAGAAGAAAGAAGACGACAAAAGGAAGAAGAAAAUAGGCAGGAGAGAGAACUCUUGAAACAAAAUCCACUCAACUGGAGUAAUACCCUAAGCUGAAUAUGAUAUCGUCACUCAAACAAUAACUAUUUGAAAACACAAGGUUUCUAGAUGUGGAAAUGUCAACAUUAUAUGAGAUAAGCAUAUAACAUUGUGCUGUACAAUUGAGAUUUGCAUAUAGUAAGGUAAAAUUCAUUUUUUUGUACCAAUAAGUGAGAAAAAAUUAUUUUUUUUACUAAAAAUUACUGAUAUGGCUUUCCCUUCAAGGCAUGCUGUUGAGAUGUUUGGUCUUUCAUAAUUGUGUAGAAAAGCCAUUUAAAUUGCCAAGAAUAAAAUAAAAAAAUGAAAGUCACAUCACACUAAUAUACCAGAAACAAUUAUUAUCAUUUUAUUUUAUUUCCACAGUUUUGUACUAUUUUGUUUUCAUUUAAAACAGUUUAGGUGGAAGUGUCCAAUAAGCGUUUUUAUGUUAUUC